AAAUUAAAAUUGGAAACAAAAAAAAAGAAGAAAAAAGAGAGAAAAAAAAGAUUCAAAGACUUCCUCUCCUUCCCUCAAAAAAAAGAAGAGAGGGGGAGAGAGAAAAUAUGCCUUCCAUCCUCCCACCCACACAAUCCUCCUCUUCCUUUUAGAGAGAGAAAAUUCAAAUUUAAUUUUUUAAAAAAAAUAUUAGAGAGAGAAACUAAAAGGGGCUGCCAUUGAUACAACCACCACCACCACCUCCUUCCUGCAACAAUCACUGCAACAAAUUCCCACUUUUGUUAAAUUUUAUUUUUCCAAUAAAUUUUAUAAAAAUAUCCAUAAUUUAAUUUGAGAAAUUAUUAAUAAUCAACCAUUUUUUUAACCCCCCACUAUUUGACAAAGCUUUAGCUUUUCCCCUUCUUCUUCUUCAUCUUCCCCCUCUCUCUCUAGACCACCCAUUUUCUCUCUCCUCCUCGAAUAUCCAACCAUGCGGAGAGGAAGAUCAACGGCGAAAACAACCGCCCUACAAAAUGGAUCUGGACCGUGUGAUCCACCAGUGAUGGUAAUCAACGGCGGAGGGGGUAAUACAAAUAUUAAAUUCCGGGGUGUUAGGAAACGGCCGUGGGGGAGGUUCGCGGCGGAGAUCCGUGACCCGUGGAAAAAAACCCGUGUUUGGUUAGGGACGUUUGAUUCGGCAGAGGACGCUGCACGGGCGUAUGAUAAGGCUGCACGGCAACUCCGUGGGCCUAAGGCCAAAACCAACUUCCCUCUUUCUCUCUCUCAUCACCACCAAAACGACGCCAUUCUUACACACCCUUCUCCGUUUUACAGAAAUGACGCCGUUUUGGUGGACCCCUACCAUCAUGGGAACGAUGGUGGUGGGAGUAGUGAUGUUGAGAUGAUCCAACGGCCGGCGUCGAGCGGGAUGAGUAGUACCGUCGAAUCAUACAGCGCGUCCCAAGCGAUUCGAAUCCGUCACGCGCCGCCAAAGGUACGCGUUCCGGCGGUGAUGAAUGCAGAAGAUUGUCGAAGCGAUUGUGACUCUUCAUCUUCGGUUAUUGAUGACGUGGACGGUGAUAUCGCUUCUUCGUCUGCUGCCGUUGGAUUUAAUUCGGUGGUUAUGAAGCAGCCUCUGCCGUUUGAUCUGAAUCUUCCGCCGCCGGACAGCGACGGUUGUUUUUUGAGUUUCGACGAUUUUUCGGCAACGGCGCUUUGUCUUUAACGGUAACAAUUAAUAACAAUUUGAUGACCACGAUUCAAAAAAUGGGAAGGAAUCAGAUGAACAGUAAGAAAAAUGAGUGAUUGAUUCUUUCUCUCUCUACUAAGAGUUUAAUUUUAUGUUCUUUGAAAAUUUUAUGCGGAAGAACAAAAAAAACUUCGUGAAAAAAUGGGGAAAACAUGAAAUAUGUUGCAAAAAUUAGAUGAAAAUCAUAUAUGAUGAUGUGAAGCUGUUAUAAUGUUGGGGGAGAAGAUUAACUUGUAGUUCCUUGUUAAUUUUUUUUUGUUUUUAUUAAAUCCCCUUCGAUUUUGGGGGAAAAAAGUGAUUAUAUGAGAUCUGGUUCUUUUUUUUCAUGAGGAGAGAAAUUUCUGUGAAAUUAUAAAAAUGGGGUUUGAAGAUUAGAGUUGUAAUACUAUUAGAAAAGAGAUCCGAUGAAAAUAGAGGGGGGUGUUAUAGGUCUGGUUUAAAACGUUAGAGAGAUCAAUGCUUAAUGCCCCCUUUACCACCCUUUGUUGUUCAUCACUUGUAUUGUAGAAAUUAAAUGGAAAUGAAAAGAAAAAAUGUUCUUAUC